CUACAUUACGUCAUUGGGACCGGUGCAUUCGCAGUGAAUUUGGGGGAUGCAGCUCUGCGUGAAGCGAAGCAUGCACUUGCAGGAAACACUGGACAGCCUUUUGUCUUCAAAUGAUCUAGUUUGGUUUAAUAUGUAAAUAAAAGCGACACAAGAAAAAACAAACACAGCCGGUCAAUAGGCGGGACUUCCUUCCGGGUGUUUAUCUCUGCGUGCAGCGCAAGGCCAGCCAGUGCAGGAUCAGAUAACAAGGUGGUCUCGUCACACACCACACUAUGCUGAGCUGCUUGCUGCGAAGAGGCUGCAGUCCUCAGCUCUGCCUGUGGGCCCUGCUGCUGCUUCCUCUGGUCUCCCUCCAUCGCUUGAACCAACAUGGGCGCAGGAGCCACAGUGAGAGUGAGCGGCCCAAACUGCUGCUCCUGUCCUUCGACGGCUUCCGCUGGGAUUACAUCAACCGUGUACCAACCGACAAUUUCCACAAUCUCAUUGAUAAUGGCGUGAUGGUGGAACACGUGGAGAAUGUGUACAUCACCAAAACCUUCCCCAACCACUACAGCUUGGUGACGGGGCUGUAUGCUGAGACGCAUGGCAUCGUGGCCAACGAGAUGUACGACCCCGUUCUGAACCGCUCGUUCUCCAUGGAGACAGACAGUAUUUAUGAGUCGCGGUGGUGGGAGGCGGCGGUGCCUCUCUGGGUGACCAUCCAGAAAGCUGGAGGGCGAAGCGGCGCGGCGAUGUGGCCGGGGUCUGAUGUCAAGAUCCACGGCAUGUUUCCCAAUCAGUACCUCCCGUACAACGCCUCAAUGUCCUUUGAAACCAGAGUGGAGCGGAUUAUCGACUGGUUCUCUGCACCCAAAGAGGCAGCAGUGGAUUUUGGAGUUCUGUACUGGGAGGAGCCGGAUGAGAGUGGGCACAACCUGGGACCUCAGAGUUCUCUCAUGGACGUAGUCAUCGCCGGGAUUGACGAGAAGCUCGGCUUCCUCAUAAACGAGCUAAAGAAGGCGGGCCUGUAUGAGAAAGUGAACCUGAUAGUAACCAGUGACCACGGCAUGGCACAGCUUUCCCCUGAUAAGAUCAUAGAACUGGAUGAGUAUGUGAGCAGAGACCUGUACACCUGGGUGGACAAGAGUCCUGUGGUGGGAAUACUGCCCAAAGAAGGGAAGCUUGACGAGGUGUACAGCAAGCUGGUGGAUGCCAACCCGAACAUGGUGGUGUACAAGAAGGAAAACAUUCCCGAGCACUUCCACUAUCAACACAACGUCCGGAUCAUGCCCAUCCUCAUAGAGUCCAAGGAGGGCUGGACCGUGAUGCAGAACAGGACCGGGCCCUUCAUGCUUGGAAACCAUGGCUAUGACAACACGUUACGUAGCAUGCAGCCUGUGUUCGUGGCCCGUGGGCCGGCCUUUCGCCAGAAUUACAUCAAGACCUCCAUGCGCUCUGUUGACCUUUACCCUCUCAUGUGCCACAUCCUGUCCAUCCCCCCUCUACCAAACAACGGCUCCCUCUUAAACGUUCAGGACCUGCUGUCGGAGGAGCCAACGCCAUCUACGCCCACCGUCCCUCCCAGGGUCAACGAGUACUCCUACGCCCCAGUCGUGGGAUCUUUCCUCGGUGUGAUGAUGGUGCUGGGCUUUCUGUUUUUCUACAUCAGACAAGUGACGCUCAAACAGCUGCCUUCACUAAAACACAGAAGCAGGGAGAUGUCGCAGCCCUUACUGCAAGAUGACUUGCACCUGUAGCGGGAGAAACAGAAAUGAUGGCGGGCGUAAAAGAAGAGGAGGUAUAUCUCCCCAAGGUAGUCCACGCUCCAGAAGCAUCCCCUAACGCCUCCCUUAUACGACUAAAUGCCAUUGUGCUGCUCUUUUUAUUAGUCGUAGAUCAAGGGAAUAUAAUGUAAUCAUGUAGAGAGGUACAUCUCACUUGCUUGAGUGUAAGGGAACUGUCUGGGAUUUGCUUCUGGUGCAGGCUUAAUCAAGAUAAUAAACCUUUACAUGAGCUUUCUAGUGGCUUUGCUUUGAUUGUGAAUUUUACCUUCUAUCAUCUUGUCAUUUUCAUUGUCAUUUAAUAAGUAAAGAUUCAAAGCUAAGAGUGGAAUUUUAGUCUGUGAUUCUGUAUGAACCUUUGUUGGCCGAAACCGUGACUUGGAUAACAUUUAAGGUGUCAGUGUGCUUGAAACCAACUUGUUUGUCUGAAGGUAAAAGUGGUUAUAGCUGAGCAGCCACAGUUGAACGCUUGUCCCUCAUCAUAGAGAGGGGCAAGAAGAAUAACUGAACACACUUUCAGACAAUCGUUCCUCGAGGCCAUAGUGUUGCACUUAUUUGCACAUAGGAAAACAGAAGUAAAGUAGAAGGGCAUUGGGAGAGCACAGUUUCCCGCCAAGGCUACUUCUAUAAGUGAAAGCUAAUGCUCGUAUCAGACCCGUGAUUGGAAGUCGCUCCAAAAUGUAAUUGGUUCUUUCUCAACCAAUUUGGGACUUUUCUAACUAAUAUUCAUGACAAUUGGGCCAGUAGUUUUUCCCAUAAUCCUGCUGACAAAGACAAACAAACAUAAUUGGACGAUUACCCAGAGUCCCCAAUUUCGAACAUCGGUAAAGUGUGGAUGGAGGGGGUUUCCGAGAGCACUUUGUUUGUAGCAAUCUGAAAUAUUUACUCUCUGACAGUGGUACGGACGACGAUACAUUUGGCUUAUUCUACAUUUUCAAAUCCUUACAAAACAGAUAUGUCAUAUGGUAAAGAAGGAACUAGGCCUUGUGAGAUUUUUGCCACCAAUUGUUCUACUUGUGGUUUAAGCACUGAAUGAGAUGUUACUUUGAAAUAUAAAUGCUUAGAUUAUUCAGAGAAGUAUUCAAAGCUCAACUAGUUUCAGGAGAUUGGCUGGGAUCGGUGUUAUUUUUUUUUAAUGUUACUUGGAAACAGAUGUUUCACUAAAGGCUACUGCUCAAAUGUGUAAGUCAUCCCAUGAGCCGAUCACUUCACAACCAUGCUCAUUUAUAGUCCGUUACCUUUUGCCUUUUAACUUAACGGUGAACAUCUCACCAAGGUGUGCAAUCGUUUGUGUCAGUCUGGGUUGUUUUUUUUGUAGAGUUUGUGUUUGGAGGGCAUUUUUGUGUAUACUGUACACUGUACAGGACCAUGUACUACCCUCCUGUUCAUGUAAUAACCAUGGCCAUUUGUUGGUGAAAUGUGAAGUGCAAUUGCUAUUGGUCUGUAUUUCUUCAUAGGGAUUUUUAAGGGUUUUGUUGUUGCCUGGUUGAGAAGACUAUUUGGGCAUGACUUGCAAGAGCUGUUCCCCUGAUUUGCACUAUACAGGAUAGAAAUGAAAGAGAACUAAGGGGUAGUGUUGGAUGCUUUGUAGGUCAUGUAUAAUUUACACUUCUUGUUCGUAGUUGCUAUUUCAAAUGCUAAAAAGUAAAGGUGCCUCUUGCCAAAAAGCUUUUUAAUUAGCAUAAUCCUAGUCAAAUAAAUAAUUCAAAUAUUUUUUCAGCAUCGUUUAGGAAACAAUUGGUUCAAUUGUCACCUUUUGCUUUUAGAUGCAUUGACUAAUAACUGUGCCCAAAAAGACAGACAUCACUGUGAUAUAUACUUUUUACAAAAUUUUAAUUCUUAAAUUGAAAGCAUUUAUAUGGGAAUUCUUAAUUUUCUGAUAAUUGUCUUGUUUUAUGAAGAAGUGUUGUCUGAUAAUUCCCCCCCUCGACUUGUUGACGGAGAAAUUCAAUAUCCAGAAUAUAAUUAAGUAAUUCAUUUGAAAUUGUUAGAUGAGAAUACAUAUUCGAUCAGGUUCCUCAGUUGAUUAUUAACUUGAAAUAUGGAUAUUUAAUGAUUUACGAAUAAACCAUCUUUGCCAUGUUGAUGCAAUUGAAGAAUCAUCUGAAAUAAAAAAAAAGGAGUCAUGUUGAA